AUGAAGAUGCACAAGAAAAUAAACCUGCAAGGCAAAUGGAUUUAUGGAUGUUGCAUGCUGCCAGAUGGUAGAUUGGUGUUUACUUACAACCGUGAAGGGAAAGUGAGAGCAUUCAACGAUCAAGGAUCUAAAGAACUUGAGAUGAAGAUACCAUGUGGAGCGUUUGAUAUAGUAUACAUCAGUAAUGACAAUACAUUGGUUGUUACAUCCGGCGAAUCAGAUAAGCAAUGUCUGACCAUUAUAGAUCUUGAGAGGAAAAAAAUUAAGAAAACAAUUUCACUGAGUUCGGAUAACUAUGGCAUAGUAUUGAAGGACAAUCAACUGAUUUAUUUCGCCUUCAACAAAGGUAUAAGAAAGAUGAAUCUGUACGACGAGGCUUUAAGCGACAUAGUCCGAGAAGAAAUGGCCAGUGAAGGUUACAUUGCCACAUUUAAAGACAACAUUUAUCAUACACACAGACUAAAUCACACUGUGACAUGUUACAACUUACAAGGUGAAAUACAAUGGACAUUCAAAAAUGAAGACGUUCUGAAAAAUCCCCUUGGUAUUGAUGUAGAUAGUAAUGAUAAUGUGUACGUGGCCGGGAUUCAUUCGAAUAAUGUGGUUGUUAUCUCCAAUGACGGACAAAUAUAUCGCGAGCUACUAAAACGAGGUAUUGAUUUUCUAUAUCCUAUCGCACUUCGUUAUUAUGGACAUAAGAAGCAAUUGCUAGUGGCAAAUAUUCAUGAUGAAGCUCGCCUGGUUGAUUUGAUUUAA